CCGGCAAAUUCAAGCAGCUUCCUCUGUCUCUGGUUUCUUCAAAUCGUGGACCGAAAAGCUUCACAGAAACCCUAAAAGCGAAUCGGAAUCAGAUGUCGGACGGAGAAGAUACCGAUUCCGACGCCCCCGAGGAGUUCACCGCCGAGCAGGGAAUACAGCAAGAUCAAGAGAUUACGAAAGUUCAAAAUGAAAGUAAGGCCAGGGUUGUUCGUGAAGGAAAAGAGCGUCGUAGACUGUGGGCCGAAAAGAAAACACCACGCCCAUCUAAAAAGGGUGAAACUGUCGAAGAUGUAGCCGAAAUCCCAAGUCAUAUAGAUCAAAGUAGCAAGUUGGGAAUGCUUCCCAGUAAUCUUGUCCAACUGCUUGCAGAUCGUGAGAAACAAGUUUUCUCGUCGGACCCUGGAGAUGAAAAGCCUGCAGCAAAGCCAAAAACAAAGAGGAAAAAAACCAAAAGCUCAGGGAUUGAAACGGUUGUUUUAAACAAAAGACAACCGGCUCAAUGUUUACAGAAUUCCAUGGAAUUUUUGAAGAAAAGGAAGAUGAAUAUUCCAAGGUCGUCGUCGGUUCUCGACAAUCCUAACCAAGCAUUACGCCGUCUUUCUUCAUCCGGAUUGCUAACUAAGAAUUAGAAUUUUUGUUAUUAAAUCCAUUUGUUGAAUCUCUGUUAGCUCCGAUAGGACAAUGUAUAAUGUAUUUUGAGAAUUGGUUACUGAGUUCAAAGACUGGUGGUGGAAUAUGGACAGUAAAAAGAUUUAUCGAGUACUUGUGAUGGUUUUGGCGAGAAUCAGAAAUGGAAAAUGAUUACACAGCAUGGUAAAUGAACGAUUCCUCA